CCCAUUUGCAGUACGUCAAUUGGACUGAGGAUGCGUCGGGAUAAGUGGAAACUCCAAGGCUGAGAAACUUUCUUGAAGGUGCCGCAGUCAACUAAUGUAUAGGUUACACAGGUCUAUGGCGACAUAAAUGCUUAAAUAUUUGGAGUAUCUAAUUCGUUUUACUGUUCAUUUAACUUUUUGUUUUCUUGUGUGGAAAGAUGCGCUGAAGACCUGAAUAGCCUACGUGCAGAACACGGAUCGGUAUCCUCUGAGAGCUUCCUCUCUCCGGGGUAAUGGACUAAAAGUACGCCGUUUUUCAACGUAUUAUAUUGUUUUGUGUGUAGUUAUCAGUAUUAUUUUGACUGACGUUUGGCAUACGACCGCGUGAUAACUUUUGCGAGGAUGCUGGCAAGGAAAAGCAUAAUACCCGAGGAAUUUGCUCUACCGGCACUCGCAUCGCGUAUUCCCCGAAAACCUGUCUUCAGAGACCGCGUUAACAAAGCGCGUUUCAUCGCAAAAAAUGGCGCUUGCAACCUGGCACACAAGAAUAUCCGUGAACAGGGACGGUUUCUUCAAGAUGUUUUCACAACUUUAGUGGACCUUAAAUGGCGCUUCACACUGGUCAUUUUCACGAUGACAUUUCUUUGCAGUUGGUUACUUUUUGGCAUGGGUUGGUGGCUUGUUGCUUUCGCCCACGGCGACCUGGACCCUCACCGCGGAUCGGGCAUCGAUAAAUGUGUCACUCACGUGAAAUCUUUCACUUCCGCCUUCCUCUUCUCCAUCGAGGUCCAGGUCACCAUCGGCUUUGGCGGGCGCAUGAUCACGGAGCAGUGCCCGGCAGCCAUCGCCGUCCUGAUCACGCAGAACAUCGCGAGCCUGAUCAUCAACGCCGUGAUGCUGGGCUGCAUCUUCAUGAAGACGGCGCAGUCGCACCGGCGCGCCGAGACGCUCAUCUUCAGCCGCCACGCCGUCAUCGCCGUGCGCAACAACCACCUCUGCUUCAUGAUCCGCGUGGGCGACCUGCGCAAGAGCAUGAUCAUCGGCGCUGUGGUGCGGCUGCAGGUGGUGCGCAAGACCACCACGCCCGAGGGCGAGGUCAUCCCCAUCCACCAGAUCGAGGUGCCCACCGAGAGCGCCGUGGCCGGCAACAACAUCUUCCUGCUGUCGCCGCUGGUCAUCUGCCACGUGAUCGACAAGAGCAGCCCGAUGUACGACCUCUCCGCCAUGGAGCUGCAGUGCAGCGACCUGGAAGUGAUUGUGAUCCUGGAGGGCGUGGUGGAGACCACGGGCAUCACCACGCAGGCGCGGACGUCCUACGUGACGGAGGAGAUCCAGUGGGGGCACCGCUUCGUGCCCAUUGUGGCGGAGGAGGAGGGCGUGUACUCGGUGGACUACUCCAAGUUCGGCAACACGGUGAAGGUGAACACGCCGAGGUGCAGCGCGCGCGAGCUCGACGAGAAGCCAUCCAUCCUCAUCCAGACGCUGCAGAAGAGCGAGCUGUCGCACCAGAACUCGCUGCGCAAGCGCAACUCCAUGCGCCGCAACAACUCCAUGCGCAAGGGCAACGCCGCCGGCCUGCGUCGGAACAACUCGUCGCUCGCCGUGCCCAAGGUGCAGUUCUACACUCCGGAGGGGAGCCCGAGCGUGGCCAUCACAUGACAGGAGGCCUUGCCGCCGUGGCUCCGGAGGGCCCCCCUCUACUUGCACACUGUCGGGGUGCCCCCUGCCCGCCUAGGACUCUCAUCAUUGCUGCCACCACUGCAACCACUCUUAACACAUAUAUUCAUCAUUUCCUCAUAUAUCAAAGGAAAUUCAUAGCAAACCUUCCCCUGCCUGAGGGGAGAGUGCUCACCCAUGCAAAGGACACAUUCUUCAUACUCAUGAGCCCAUACAUCUCACCAUAUUCUUUCACUGCUGUAAAAAUGAUGUUUUUGGCAUUAAAUGGCACUAAAUGAGACCACACAGCACUUGCGCAUUUGUUUCUCUGUUUGGUCCAAAGCUAUGUAGUCUUUCGUUGUUAGUCAGUGCAUUGAAGAUUGUUCCAUGGAUAACGAUGGCUUUAAUAAACAGAAAUAUGUAAUAA